AUGCAACGUGAUACAUCAUCCAGCGCACCAAAAUAUCGUAGCUUCACGUCUACUCGUGAACGUUCGCGAUAUUCUGGAAAUGGGACGAAACUAUCUCUUACAAGUUGCAUCAUUUUUUCAGUUGUGGAAGGUCGGGGUAGUGCACGUGGUGAAAUUGGACUUGCAAGCAUUGAUGCAUUAUGCAGUGAAUUACACUUAUGGCAAUUUAUCGAUUCUGCAUCUUAUGCACGACUUCGAAUUCAGUUUCAAAUUCAAGAACCUGUUGAGGUUAUUGUUCCGGAAACUUUCGUUGAAAAGGCUAAUAGUAUGAAUCCUGUGUUGGAAUUGAUUCGUAGCACUUAUCCAGAAGUAGAAAUCACGAUGAUUAAUAGGCGUUUUUUCAACGAUCUGAAAGGGAUUGAAUUGUUAAAACAACUAAGUUCAAGUGAAUCGUCCAAUAUAACACCAGAAGUAUAUAAAAAAUACUACUGUAUGGCAGCUGCUGCCGCAUUAAUCAAAUAUGUGGAAUGCAUACAAAAUAUAUUAUUUGCUCAAAAUUCGCUGAAAGUUACUUAUCUUUUUGCAGAGAAAUCUUGCUUUAUAGAUGUCAAUACCAUGAGAAAUGUGGAAGUAGUGGAACGUAUACAUCUUAAGCAAAAAACAUUGGGUCGUAGUCUUUUCUCGGUUUUGAAUACAUGUUUGACUAGUGGUGGAGUACGAUUGCUUCGUAGUAGUUUAUUACAACCUUCAGCCGACUUAUCAAUGAUUGAAACACGCUUGGAUGCUAUUGAAGAACUUAUUAGCAAUCAACCGAAAUUUGAUCGUUUGCGAGCAAUUAUUGCUGGCAUAAGUGAUAUAUAUCGAUUAAUAACAGUUUGCUGUUAUCUACAAAAUCAAAACGAAACUGUUCGUAUAGUUGAGCAUCGCAUCACUCAGAUCCUGAAUUUGCAACAAACACUACAUUUGAUUAAGCCGUUAAAGGAUGCUUUAAAAAACAGCAGGGCUCAUUUGUUUCGUCUAUGUUACAAUCAUUUGGACGAUGAACGAUUCGAGAGCAUAAUGAAUAUUCUAGAUGAAAAACUGAACACAACAUGUAAAGUAGGCGAACGGUCAUCUUUAGCAUUACGACAAAAACGAUGCUAUGCAAUUCGAGACGGAAUUGAUCAGAUGAUUGAUGUGAUGCGAAAAGCGUAUGAAGAGCUGUUACGUGAUACGCGCGAAAAGGGUAAUGAAGAUGCAAGCGAGAUAUCGGAAGCGAAACUUAUCUAUACUGCAAGUCGUGGUUUCCAUUUUUGUAUUCCUUGCUUGGAUCCUGUUGCUAGAAUCAAACUGCCAUCACAAUUUAUUGAUAUGGUCAGGAAUCGGACUUCUGUUUCUUGCACAACUCGUUCAUUAUUACGCUACAAUGAAAGAAUCGAUGAAGUGGUUAACGAAAUAACAAUUAGGAGCAAUGUGAUAGUGGUUGAACUAUUGAAUAAGAUCCGUUUAAUGAUUCCAUGUUUAUAUCAUGCAAUUGAAGCAAUAUCGAUGGUCGAUUUUAUUUCAUCUCUUGCGGUAUAUGCUAUGAAAAUUCCAUCAGUUCGACCAUCAUUUUCUCCUUCAAUGUCGAUGAUUAUCAAACGAGGAAGACACCCACUUUUGGAUUUGGCAAGCGAAAAUUUCAUUCCAAAUGAUGUUUAUUUGUCGCCGGAAUCCCGAAUCAAUAUCAUUACGGGACCGAAUAUGGCUGGAAAAUCAACAUAUUUGAAGCAGAUUUGCUUACUGCAUGUGUUAGCCCAAACAGGAAGUUUUGUACCAGCAGAAAUGGCGGCAUUUCCAAUUCUCACUCGAAUCUUUUCACGCAUUGGGCAUAAUGAUGAUUUGACAGCUAAUUUGUCAGCUUUCGCUGUUGAGAUGUCCGAAAUGGCACCUAUUUUAAGUACAGCUGAUUCUCUAUCAUUAGUUCUUAUCGAUGAACUUGCAUGUAGCACAGCAUAUGAUGAAGGUUUAAGUAUAUGCUUUGCCAUAUGUGAAGAGCUUCUACGGAGAAAGGCUUAUGUUGUAUUCGCUACUCAUUAUCUUGACUUGGCAUCGCUUGCAACAAUGUAUCCCAGUGUUGAAAACUUUCAUUUCUCCGCUAACACAGUGAAAAUCAAACAAGAUGACGAUAGCGAAGUGGAAAAACUUCACUGUUCUCAUCAACUCUAUACUGGUCCAUACAAUGGUCCACUUUAUGCAUUUAAUUUGGCUGAUCUAACAACUUUUCCGAGAGAAGUACUAACUGAGGCACAUACAUUAGCCAUGUCCUUACGCACACAACGUAACGUGAUGGUCGAAAUGGAUGAUGAAAUGCGUCAACGUCGUUCUAUUAUUCGAUUUGCAUGCAAGUUACGUUCUAUGCUACCACUUCUAACAAAAACAGAUACCGAUGCUGCUGCUCCUUAUCUUUCAAAAUUGCGCGAUCAACUUUUCCAAGAUUUACCACCGCUAACAAAUGAUCAGUAG